GAGCGCGGUACGCAUGUGUGUAAAUGCGCGUGUGUGUAUAUGUGUUUCUGUGUGAGAGAGAGAGAGAGCACAAGCUGCUUUUCAAUGCAUGCCUGAGAGAGAGAGAGAGAGAGAGAGGGGGAGAGAGGGAGAGAGAGAGGGAGUCGACUGUGUUGAAUGUGUCAGAGGGAGAGAAAUCAAAAAUUGCUUCCAUGAAAUCUGUGUGACUCAAACACAGUGCUCUCCUUGUAUCUGAGAGGAGAGCAAGAGAAGGAAAGAGAGAGAGAGAGGGAGAGAGGAAGGGGAAAUCAGAGAGCAGGAGGAAAAGAGAAAGAGAAGAGAAGAGAAGAGAAGAGAAGAGAGCAACUGAAGGAGCACAGGACUACAGAGAAUGAGACUCACAGGCGAAGACAAUCAUUCUGAUUCCCGUCUCUCAGGAAGCCGUGGUGGAGGAAGCCAGUGUUUCUUCUGUCGCUCUCGGUGUCGACGAAGCCCGAACGCAGGAAGCGCUUAGGACAACACAGGAACUCGCUCAACUUUUAGUGGCAGCCUGUGGUUCACACAGACAGCCCAACACACACACACACGUACACACACAAGUGCGCACAGUCGCACACACGCCAAAGCUGACUGUGCUUGUGUGUGUGAAGAGUCCAGGGACUAUCAACCACCAGUGGUUCACCAUCCGCCCAGCAUGACUGAAGUGGAGUGACGCUGGGUGUCGUCUGAGAUUGCAAGCGAGAGUGAGAGAGGUCUUCACAGACAGCCACAUCAAGAGAGAAGUUGCAGAAAGUCCAAGCAGGUUUUUUGAUCUGCCGAUAAGGGGCCGAGAUCUUUUUCGACUAAGAUCCAUCACCGGUGGCAGGAGGUUGAGAGAGGCUGCGUCACCUGUGUGGUCUGACGGCUCUCUGCACCCAGCAGCAGCAGCAGGAGGAGGGCAAGGUGGGCGUGCAGGGCAAGGAAGACCAGGGUGGUGAAGAAGGCAUCCCGGCGGCACUGAGCCCUCAGUGCUGCCCCCAGUGGACGCCGCAACCAUGACGUCGCACGGCAAGCAGAAGAAGGGGGGUCUGGCGGAGUAUGAGAACCAGAUCAAAGAGCUGCGAGGUCAGCUGUCGGAGCAGAUGAAGGUGCUGGAUGCUCAGCUGGAGCAGAAGACUCAGCAGCUGCAGGACCUGAGCGACUACCUGCGCCGCCGAGCCGAGAUCGAGGCCGAGUACGCACGCUCACUAGACAAGCUCGCCGAGAGGUUCACACUCAAGACCAAGAGGAAGGAGCAUUCGGACCAGUGUUCUGUGGUGCAGUGCUGGUCAGUUCUGCUGACCCAGACCCGGCAGGAGAGUCGGGACCACAGCGCCCUGAGCGAGACCUGCUGCAACACCCUCACCCAGCGCCUCUCACACUGCAUAGAGGACACACACCGCCUGGCCAAGAAGAGUAAAGAGGUGGGGCUGCAGAUGCAGGAUGAUCUCAUGAGGGUCACCACAGAGCUGCAGACGGCUCUGAAGACCUAUCACCAGUACCAUGUGGACUGCCUGGCGGCAGAGGGCAAGCUGAAGGAGGCCACGCGAUUGGAGGAGAGACAGACGGGCAAGUCAGCUGACACGCUGAGCAUCGCCCAAUCCGUGAGCCAGAGGCGGAGCUCCGUGAAGAAGAUGGAGAGGCUGAUGGAAAAGAGGCAAGGCAAGGUGCAGGAGACCCAGCUGAAGUGCACCAAGUCCCGUAAUGACUAUCUCCUCAACCUGGCCGCAGCCAAUGCCUCCCUGAACAAGUACUACCUGCAGGACAUCUGCACCCUCAUAGAUUGCACUGACCUGGGUUACCACUUGACGGUGACGCGGGUGAUGCGGGGCUUCCUGUCCCAUCGGCACCGCAUGCAGCAGAACCUGAAGAACGGGCUGCAGCAGCUGGACACGGCGGUGGGCGGGCUGGACCAGGGCCAGGACCGCGACGGCCUGCUGCAGGCCCACAACACCGCCUUCUGCCUGCCCUUCCGCUUCCACUACCAGCCCCACGAGGGAGACCAGGUGUGUGAGGUGAGUGCAGAGUGCCAGGUGAGGUACGAGCUGGAGACCAGAUUCCAGCAGCUGCAAUCAAGACUGGCUGCCGUUACCUUGGAAACUGAAGAGAUUAGUAAGACCAUGAAGGCGACCCACGUUUCUCUGCUGGACAGCAUCUGCGAUGACGACUGCAACCCGGCCCCCGACAUCUCCACCACCGUCUCACUGGACACGUCCGACAGCGGCGGCACCAAACUCAGCCUGGCCAAGCGGCGGGCCAAUCAGCAAGAGACAGAAAUCUAUUACUUCACAAAAGUGAAGGACUAUCUGAGUGGGAGCUCUCUGAUCUCCAAACUGCAGGUGAAGCAUGAUCUUCUGCAGGAGGCCAUUCAGAAAGCGGAGGCCAUCGACAGCGACCCCUCAAGAGUGCCGUCUGGUAGGGCAGUGCGUGUGCGGAAGGCCAGGCCCUGCUCCCAGUACCACCACAAACUCUUCUGUGGAGACAUGCUCUCCUUCAUCCAGAGCUCUGGACAGCAGAUCCCCCUGGUGGUGGAGAGCUGCAUUCGCUUCAUCAACCUCCACGGUCUGCACCAUGAAGGCAUUUUUAGAGUACCUGGCUCUCAGAGUGAAGUCAACCAUAUACGAGACGCCUUUGAGCGUGGUGAGGAUCCUCUGACAGAUGGCGAGUGUGACAUGGACUCGGUGGCUGGCGUUCUGAAGCUGUACUUCAGGGGGCUGGAGAAACCCCUCUUCCCUGAGGAGUUCUUCACACAGCUCAUGGAGUGUGUCCAGAUUGAGAACGUGACGGAGCGGGCUGCCCAGAUCAAGACGGUGGUGUCCAGCUUCCCCCGGAACAUUGUCAUCGUCAUGCGAUACCUCUUCGCCUUCCUCGAUCACGUGGCCCAGUACAGCGAUGAGAACAUGAUGCAGCCCUAUAACCUGGCGGUGUGCUUCGGUCCCAGCCUCCUGCGGGGGGCUGAGUCGGGGGACGCGGUGACCCUGCAGCCCCAGAUCAACGCCCUGGUCAAGACCAUGAUCCUCCAGCACGAGAGCAUCUUCCCCGGGCCCGCCGAGCUGCCGGGGCCCAUCUACGAGAAGUGCAUGACCCUGGAACAAGAGUACUGUGAACCCAUCACUGAGGAGGUGGAGGGGGACACGGAGCAUCCUCACAGUGAAGAUGAGUGGGAUGCUGUGGCCAUGUUCGACUACAUGGCGCGCUCCGCAGCUGAGCUGUCAUUCAAACAGGGGGACCACCUCAUGUUGCACAGCAAGGCCUCCGCUGAUUGGUGGAGAGGAGAGGUGGGCGGGGUGAAGGGCCUCAUCCCUCACAAGUACAUCAGCGUUUCUGAAGGGGUGGAGAGGAAGCUGGAGAGGGGGAAGAGGGAGGAGAGCCGAGGAGGAGGCAGCACUGGAAACCUGGCAGAGGAACAGGCACUGGGGGAGCACAGCUCACGUAUGCGGGUGAACAGUGACAGUGCAUCUCUACCGGGGAGGCAGAGAGGAGUGGGAGUGGGAGUGGCAGGAGGUGUGCUGGGUGUCGGGGGAGUAGGAGGAGGAGGAGGUGCUCCAGGAGGUGGUGGUGGAGGGGGGAGUAGCAGUCCUGUGAGGAAGCUGGCUCUACAGGUGCCCGAGGGGCGCCUCAUCCAGCUGCCCACCUCCCCUGGCAUCGCCCGACAGAGCUCAGGGAAUCAGGAACGCAGACACACACUGGACAGCGUGCGGGCGAUGCCUGGUGGAGGAGCAGAGAAACAAUCUAUUCAGGUAGACAAGGAUGUCAGUCGUCAGAUGGACUCGGUCUUCAAAGAGCUGCUGUCCCGCCAGCCUCCCAGCGCCCCGCCGACAGCCGCCACCACCCCCACCCCCCCAGCAGCGGCCUCCACCUCCUCCUCCUCCACUGCCCCCCGCACCGCCCCCAAGAAGCCCGUCUUCGGCCUGAUGGGCCGGCGCUGAGUCACCUGUCACCUGUCACCUGUCACAUGGCUAUUAGGUGGAGGUGCCCUGGUGAGAAUGAAGGGUAGAGAAAGGAUGCAGUACUGUAACACCAACCUGGAGCAAGACGAAACAGAAAAGAUGAGAAAAAGAGAAACUGUGAGGAAAAAAGAGGCAGCAUUACUGAAAUAAUGAUUUGAUUUAUCUUUGGACAAGGAAGGGGGGCGCUUGUAGUCCUUCCAAAGCAUUGCAGGAGAAGAACUGAGAACGAGAAGAUAUAUUUUUCCAAUUCCAUACAAUAUAUGAUUAUAUAAGUCUUAACUAUAAUACGGUUUGUUGAUUUGCCGUCCCGCUGUCCACCAGUCCCAGUGCUGUUCUGUGGAGUGUCUCAUGUACUUUGUUGUAGUUGUUAGUGUCAUCGUAAAAUUGAGGUUCCUCACUUGAGCCAGAGGUGCGCUCAAAAAAAGACUGCUUCAAUCCCCAUGCCAAAACAAAUACCAACAAACAGCAUACGCCUGUAACCUGUACGUAAACACUGGUACUUAACGGCAAUUACCUGCUGUGUUCUGUUAAUGUGAAAGGAGGCAUUUGCGAGUAUGGUGCUUAGACCUGUGACACGUGGUGUGAGAUUAAACGAGCCAUUUCUAGCAACACACGGAGAGGUCUGUGUUUGGUAUUGGAGUUGAGGUUUGCUGAGGUUUGUUUGGCCAGGGUUGAAGACUUGGUGCCUAUACUACAAAGCUGGUUCGGGAUAAGUUAAGGUUAA